AUGGCACGCUCAAAACCGCCAGCUCUUCCCAUUUCCCUCUUCGACAUCUUCCUAGGCUCUGGCCGCACAAUCCGCAGACCCACCGGUCCUCCAGGAUUCCCCUUUCUACAGGCUGGAAAAACCGAGCUCGUCCGUGUGCGCAGACGUGCCAGCACCCCAAAGAAAGACGACGACGAAUCCAAGGCUGCCAGUGCCAAAGGCAGUAACAAGGAGAACGCGGCAUCUGGCUCCAAGCACAGCAACAAGAAGGAAAACAACAAGUCCAGCAGUAAGAAGGACGACAGCAAGCCCAACGGAAAAGCCGAAGACGCAAAGAAGGCAGCCGACGAAUCCAAGGCCAACGGUAACAAACCUCAAGCUGGUGCCCAGAACACUUCAGACGUCGUCUUUAUAGCCGAAGAAGACGCGAAGCUACUGCUCAUGAAAACUGGAGGCAAAUCUUGGGGAGAAAUCGCAGCAGCCAUCGGCAAGACCAAGAAACAAACUACCAAACGAUUCGGCGAGAUCAGACCUGUCGACUGGAAGGCACAGAAGGGAGGCAAGCACGGUAUCGACAAGGCUGGUGUUGUUGACGAGAAGAACGACCACAACGAUAAACAAGUCGCCAAGAUGGGCAACAAGGACAACAAGGUCGAGGAUCGCAAGAGCAAGUCUAACGCUAUCGACAAGCACAAGCAAGAGAAGGCUCUAUCUGCCGCUGUUCUUCUGGGUGGUAAACUUGAACACGAGCACCGACACGCUCACGCCUAUCGCCACGAAGUCCGCCACGAUCACCAUCACGAUCACCACGUCCACCUCCACGACUCUCACCCUCGCCGCUCCAGCAACGACCCCAAGCCCCACCACCACAUCAAAGACCCUCGCCACGAACACACCCGCCACGACUCAGCUCACCACCCAUCACGCCCACACAAGACUCACCACCGCACUGCUUCCAUUGCUGCCUCUUCGCGUACAGCCUUCACCCUCAAGACCAUGCCCUCCCUCGCCGAAGACGAUCUCUUUUCGUUCGGCGAACUCCAAGCUCUCUCCGAACUCAUCUUCAAGGAUAUGGAAGGCAUGUGGCACAGAGUCAGUGCUGCCUUUUUCGGCAUGACUGGUCGCAGGAUUGCUGCCGAGGAUAUCAGGGAGAAGUUUGCUGGUCUGGAAGGUUGA